AUGACAGAGCAUUUAAAGAGGCGAACGAUGAUGAUGACGAUAUCCUGCCGUUGGAUAUGCUCGAUGCGGAUAUUGAUUGGGAAAAUAGCGCAUUUGCAAGUAAAAUGA